AUGGGUGAUAGUUUAUCGAAGGAGAUAUUUGUAUUUGUGAAUGUUGAAGUUGGGUCUCAGGUGAGACUCCCACCUCCUCCAAAUGUAGGAAUAGGUGAAGAGCCUAAUGUUGAUGACAAUGAACCUAAUGUUGAAAAUGAUGACAAGGAUGCAAAUUUGCUUGAAGUUAAUUAUGUAAAUGGGGAUGAACAUAUGGGUGGUGGUGGUGAAAAUGAUGACAGGGAUGCAAAUAGGCAUGAUGUUGAUGAUGUAAAAGAUAACAAUGUUUAUGGUUUAAGUUUUGAGAAUGAUGAUUGGAUAGUUGAUGGUGAUGAUUCCCCCAAUGUUAGUUUUGAGUACAAUGAUGAUACCAUCAACACACAAUUUGAUGAAAACAGUGACAAUGGGUUUUCAGAUUAUCAAUUAGGGGAUGAAGGAUAUGUCAGUAGUACAGAUUCUAAGGAACUUGAGGCUGAAGUGGAGGAAACACAUAGAAGGGGUAGGAAAAAAAAGUGCAAUGUUAGUGAUACUUCAAGAUUUGGAGUGGAGUUUAAUGUUCCUAAAGAUGGAAACACUGAUUGGGACUUUUGUGUGGGGAUGUUGUUUGGAAAUGUUGACUUGUUUAGAAAUGCAUUGAAGGAUUAUAUAAUAAAGACAGGGAUAAAAGUAAUAAGGAAGAAAAAUGAAAGGAUUAGAGUUAUCGUUGAGUGCGCUGUUGAGGGCUGCUAG